UUAGUACUGGAACAGAUGGUUCCUGUGCUUGACAAAAUGACCCCAGCUUCUCUGACACAGAACUGCUCCAACUGCAGCCAGGUUUUAGUCCCAGAGCUCAACGUAGUCAAGGCUGUAGUUUUGGGCUUGGUGCUCGGUUUCCUCAUUGUGUUUGGAAUUGUGGGAAACAUUUUGGUAAUCCUCUCAGUAGUUUGUCACCGACACCUGCGGACAGUCACACAUUAUUUUAUAGUUAAUCUGGCAGUGGCAGAUUUGCUGCUAAGCACCACUGUACUACCUUUCUCUGCCAUUUUUGAGAUUGUGGAUCGUUGGGUCUUUGGACGGGCCUUUUGCAAUGUUUGGGCAGCUGUGGACGUGCUCUGCUGCACUGCCUCCAUCAUGAGCCUCUGUGUGAUCUCCGUUGACCGCUACAUCGGAGUGAGUUACCCUCUGCGUUACCCAACUAUAAUGACAAAACGCAGGGCGCUGCUGGCAGUGAUGCUGCUUUGGGUGCUGUCUAUCAUCAUAUCUAUUGGACCUUUGUUUGGCUGGAAAGAGCCGGCACCUGAGGACGAGUCAGUAUGCAAGAUCACACAGGUGCCGGGCUAUGCUAUCUUCUCUGCUUUGGGCUCUUUCUACCUUCCUCUUGCCAUCAUACUGGUCAUGUACUGUCGGGUAUAUGUGGUAGCUCACAGAGAGAGCCAGGGCCUGAGGGAGGGCCACAAGACAGAGAAGUCAGAUUCAGAGCAGGUGAUACUCAGGAUACACAGAGGCAACACAACUGUAUCAGAGGACGAGGCCCUUCGCAGCCGCACACAUUUCGCCCUACGACUGCUCAAGUUCUCACGUGAGAAGAAGGCCGCAAAGACCUUGGGCAUUGUGGUUGGCUGCUUCGUGUUGUGCUGGCUGCCCUUUUUCCUGGUGCUACCCAUUGGCGCCAUGUUCCCCGCAUACAAACCUUCAGAGACUGUCUUCAAGAUAACCUUCUGGCUCGGUUACUUCAACAGCUGCAUCAACCCUAUCAUCUACCCGUGCUCCAACCAGGAGUUUAAGAAAGCUUUCCAGAGUUUACUCGGAGUUCACUGCCUGAGAACGACUCCCAGACCACACCAUCAUCACCUGCAUGCAGCUCAGAGUCAAACUCAAGGUCACAGCCAGCCCCUCACUCUGGGCCUGGACAGCAAGGGGGCUUCAUGUCGGCUCAGCCCAUCCUCCUCUAUGGCCCUGUCCAGAACCCCUUCCUCCAGGGACAGCAGGGAGUGGAGGGUUUUUCCUGGAGGCCCCACAGGCAGAUCUGGACCUGCUGAGACAAGCAGGGCUAAAGUGGCCAAGCUCUGCAGUAAAAGCUUCCACCGGACCUGCUGCUGCAUUCUCAGUGGUGGGUCUCCCCCGCAGGAGUCAAACUGUGCCCAGGCACCUCCUGUUGGAAACCUUCCCACCAUUAAAAUCCACCAACUGUCCUUGUCGGAAAAAGGAGAGCCUGUAUAACUGCUGUAAUCCUUCUUCCUUUAGUCGCGACUCCCCUUUCAAAGUCACUGA